AUGUCGCGGCAGAGCAACCUCUUCGAAUUCGCCUUCUCUAAGAACGGCGGCGGACAACAGCAGAAACCUCGCCAGCACAAUCAGCAAGCAUCAACGCAGUCCUCAUCACCAGCCUCGGGACCCUCAUCCUCAUCACAAGCCACCACGAACUCCUCACAAAAAAGCGACCGCUCAAGCCCAUCCCUCGCCGCCGUCGCAGCAGAAACCCGCGCAGCCCUCCCCCAGAUCCUCUCCCACCUCCCCAACAUCAGCGCCUCCAAAUCAGAAGACCUGCACCUGGACUACCUCCCGCCUCUCAAAUCCUCCGCCUGCCCGGGCCACACCCCGCGCGCAAAGAUCAAGAUCAUCAACGCGGACUCGCUCAACGCGGCAAUCGACCUCGCCGCGCGGCGGCCCGACGGCGGGCGUGUGGCGGUGCUCAAUAUGGCGUCGGAUAUCCACGCCGGCGGCGGGUGGUUGAAGGGCGCUAUCGCGCAGGAGGAGGCCCUGUGUUAUCGCUCGUCGCUGUAUCUGAGCCUGCAUAAGCGGUACUAUCCCUUCAAGCGCCGCGGGGGAGUUUACACGCCUGAUGUCGUCGUCAUCCGGGGCGAUAUGGCGAGCGGUCAUAAGCUUCUCGUGCCGCGGGUCGCGUACGAUGAUUUGCCUGUCGUGAGUGUCCUCAGCAUUGCGGCGAUUCGGAGGCCAGAGGUCAAAUCGCGCAAGAGGACGACGUCGGCGGGGAUCGAGGAUGUGUUUGAAUUCGCAAAGGCGAGCGACCGGACGCUCACGAUGAGCAAGAUGCGGCUUUGCUUGAGGAUGGCGGCGAGUCGAGGGCACAGUCUGCUUGUGCUGGGCGCGUUGGGGUGUGGUGCGUUUAGGAACCCUCCCGAGGAGAUUGUCAACUGUUGGCUUGAGGUGCUAGGGGAGGCCGAGUUUGGAGGUGGGUGGUGGAGGGAAGUUUGGUUUGCGGUUUAUGACCGGAAGAAUGAAGGCAACUUUGAGGUGUUUGAAGAUGCAUUGGGUGGUGUUCGGGUUUGA